AGAAUGAGGAACAGAUUACUUUUCAACGUUUGUCCACAGAUCCACUGAAAUCAACAAUGGUGAAUAAAGCUCGGAAGAAGAAACAUGUAUCGCCUGAAUCUCUACUUCUCUCUAUUCUCAAUGAUUUGUUUCUAAAUUCUCAAAAGCUUGAGUCUUGUUUUCGCAAAACAACGAAUUCAGAUGCGCGUAGCUUUAUAUGUAGCUUAAAUUUUGCAAAAGUUGGCAACUUUACUUCAAGAUCCAUUGAAAUAGCUCCAUUGAUCAAUGAUGUUGUUGUUAAAGACAAUAACUUUGAUACUGGGACAAGAGUUGGAUUAGAUGUUGGACAUCUUCUUAAAUCUGCAUUAGCUGGAGGAAUUUCAUGUGCUUUCUCUGCUUUUUUGAUGCAUCCAGUGGAUACUGUCAAGACACAAGUUCAAGCAUCAACUACAUUGUCGUUUCUUGAAAUAUUGUCAAAGAUUCCAGAGAUUGGUGCUCGAGGUUUAUACAAAGGCUCGAUUCCCGCAGUUGUUGGUCAAUUUGCAAGCCAUGGUUUACGAACAAGUAUAUAUGAAGCAAGUAAAUUGGCAUUACCGAUCGUUGCUCCUACUCUCCUUGAUAUUCAAGUUCAGUCAAUCGCGUCUUUUCUUGGUACAGUUUUGGGGACAACAUUGCGAAUACCGUGUGAGGUGUUGAAACAACGGUUACAAGCCAACCAGUUUGAUAACAUAGUGGAAGCUACGGUUUCGGUUUGGCAUCAAGAUGGGCUCAAAGGACUCUUUCGUGGGACCGGUGUUACCCUUCUACGCGAGGUUCCCUUCUACGUUGCAGGCAUGGGACUUUACAACCAAUCAAAGAAGGUGGUAGAGAGACGAUUAGGAAGAGAGUUGGAGCCGUGGGAAGCCAUCGCGGUUGGAGCCUUGUCUGGUGGUUUCACUGCAGUCUUAACAACGCCAUUCGAUGUGAUUAAAACAAGAAUGAUGACGGCUCCACAAGGCGUGGAAUUGUCGAUGUGGAUGGCUGCCUAUUCAAUUCUCACACAUGAGGGUCCUCUUGCUUUCUACAAAGGAGCUGUUCCAAGGUUCUUCUGGACUGCUCCUCUCGGAGCCUUAAACUUAGCUGGCUAUGAAAUUCUUCAAAAGGCUAUGAUCACACCUCUGAAUCAAUCAGGGCAUAGUGAGUAAGAUUAGAAAACUAGACCAACAUUUGUGUUAUAAUUUUUUUUUUUACCUUUUUAGUGGUUUGAUUUGUUUAUACAUCCACUAGAUCUAAUAAUUUUUAUUUCAACCA